GACGGGGCCUCCAGGGAGAGCACCACUUAUUCCUUUACUUGCACUGCUGCCGUGAAUCUCGAAACGCAUCCCAGAAUCGAUCAACAGCAAGCAUCAUGUCUUCGCCCUUUUCGAUCAACGGCGGUGCCUGCGUCGCCAUGGUCGGCAAGGACUGCGUCGCCAUCGCCUGCGACCUCCGCCUCGGCCUCCAGGCCCUGACCAUCUCCAACAACUUCCCCAAAAUCUUCCAGUACGGCGACGUCUUCCUGGGCCUGACCGGCCUAGCCACAGACGUCAGCACCGUCAGCGACCUCUUCCGCUACAAGGUCAACAUGUACCGCCUGCGCGAGGAGCGCGCCAUCGCCCCGCGCACCUUUGCCAACCUCGUCUCCUCCUCCCUCUACGAGCGCCGCUUCGGCCCUUACUUUGUCUCGCCCGUCGUCGCCGGCCUGGACCCCAAGACGGGGAAGCCCUUCAUCUGCGGCUUCGACAGCAUUGGCUGCAUCGACUUUGCAAAGGACUUUAUCGUGUCGGGCACGGCGUCGGAGCAGCUGUUUGGCAUGUGCGAGGGUCUGUGGGAGCCUGAUUUGGAACCCGAUGCGUUGUUCGAGACCAUUUCACAAGCCCUUCUGACUGCCGUCGACCGUGACGCUCUAUCCGGCUGGGGAGCCCACGUAUACAUCAUCGAGAAGGACAAGGUCACCAAGAGGUUACUAAAGGGUAGACAGGACUAAAGUCGCUUUGCUUUUCCAUAUAAAUACAUAUUACUAGACGAAGAACAAAAAAAAACGGGAUAUCACAAAUGGUUUGAGGGCCUGCAAGUGACCGAAGCUGUGUCUCUGCUGCAUGGAUAGCAGCAAGAGCUGACUCGAACACGUCAAUCGAGAUUACGAAUGCAUGCAAAAGACAAAUGAAAUAAACAAUUAACAAAAGUCCCAAAAUAUCAU